AUGGCAGCCGAUAACGUGACUCGAAGACUUCAAAUUGAACUGAUGGAGCUGAUGACCUCUGAAGAGUCUGGUGUUUCAGGAUUUCCCGAGAAUGACAAUAUUAUGAAGUGGUUGGCUACAAUCCACGGACCCGAGAAGACGGUAUACGAAGGGGAGGUUUACAAACUUUCUCUCGAAUUUGGAAGCUCAUAUCCCUACAAGCCUCCAGUUGUACGUUUUAUAUCACGCUGCUUUCAUCCAAAUGUCGACACUAACGGCAAUAUCUGCUUGGACAUCCUCAGAGAGGAGUGGUCAGCCCUCUACACUGUGAAGAGUAUUCUUCUAUCUAUUAGAAGUCUCCUCAGUGAACCAAAUAACAGAAGUCCGAUGAACAAUCAAGCAGCGCUUCUAUGGUCGGAUCCGGAGAAGUUCCGAAAGGCUCUAGUCGAGUAUCAAUCUGUUAAAUCCGAGCAUUGA